CGAUGGUGUCUCCCGAAAUACACUGUUACUGUGCAGUCAGUUGAACAGCAGCCACAAUGUAGAGCACGGAAUAGCAUUUCAUGGACUUUUGUGAUGCCAACUAAGCCAAUCAGCAAUGAUGAAUGAGGUAGAGCUCCGGAAGACCCUCCCUGAUCAGUCAUCAGGAAGUGGGCAAACUUUUGGCACCUCCCGCCACCCAAGCGUCAUCGACCCUAUCCUAUCAAAGCGGGUCUGUUUCUACAAGAGCGGAGAUCCUCAGUUCAGUGGUCUGCGUCUGGUCAUCAACAACCGCACCUUUAAGACUUUUGAUGCACUCUUGGACAGUCUCUCUAAAAAAGUGCCCCUGCCAUUUGGCGUGAGGAAUAUCACUACUCCUAGGGGGAUUCAUGCAAUCAACUCUUUGGAUGAACUUAAGGAUGGGAAAUCCUAUAUUUGCUCUGACAGCCGUAAGGUCAAGCCAAUCAAUCUGGCCUUGGCCAGGAAGAAGCUACCACCCUGGUACCACGCCAGACCGGUUAGUUCUCGCCGUCGGACUAUUCAGCAGGGUAGGUUUCUCCAAGGCCAAAGCAUCCACAAACAGGAGUCAGUGCUUAUCCGCACACCCAAGAGCCUACUGGUUUUUCGCAAUGGGGACCCCACUGUAAAACACACCGUGGUGCUUCAAAAGAAGACUACUCCCACUUACGAGGCAAUCCUGGAAUAUAUCUCAGAGCUCAUGCGGUUCCAUGUGGUGAAAUUACACACUCCUGAUGGCAGACGUGUUGAUGGUGUUCCAGGCUUGAUAUUGUGCUCUGGGACUGUGGUAGCUGUAGGCAGGGAGCCAUUCAGGCCAGCAGACUACAAUUCACAGAAAUCUCCAUCCCCAACAUGGCUGCGUACCAAACAAAUGAGCUUCAAAAGGCAAAAGGCUUCAAACCGUAAAAAGAAGUCAAGAAAUUUCUCAUCAUCAUCUGAGAGCUACAUCGUUCGUCAGAUUCAUAACACCAUCGCUGAGAGCUCCUGUGACAUACACAGUAACCCCACAAACUCUGUCGAGUUGGAGUCCAAACGCAUCCUGGAGUCAGUGGCGGAGACAGAUGGUGAUGGAGCUGAAGGGCAGGACUACAUGCUGCCCAGUGAUGACAAUAUUGAGAAGUCCUUUCAGGUUAACCAGGAUGGCAGCAUGACAGUGGAGAUGAAGGUGAGGCUGACAAUUAAGGAAGAGGAAUCCAUCCACUGGACCACCACCGUGACACGAUCAAGUGUAAACAGUCAGCUUAAUGGGACCUCUUUACCAGAGUCUAAGGGAGAGCAGGACAUCUGCUCACCUGAAUCAAACUCACUGGAUCUACAGAGUCCUGCUGCCAUUGUCGACACCAUCAACAAGGACAAAACUAAAGACAACAAUGACGAUGAUCCACCAUCUCUUGGCAAUGGAGCUUUAAGUGAGAGUAGUAAUGAAGAGGAAAAUAUCAAAAAACAGUCAGAUGUGGUGUCCUCUGGGAGAGCUCCUACUCCAGGAUACAAGCAAAUUGGCAAAAAGCAAGCCUCUGUGGAGAGUAUCAAAGCAGUUACAGAAGAAGGGAUUCAGCAAGAAAUUGUUGGUUCUUAUUCCUACAGAGAACCGACAGGUAAUGGAACAAUGACAGAGCAGUAUUGCAUGGUCAAGCAGAGCAGCACUAGACCAGUGCCCAAACCGAGAAGACUCAGCUCUCUUGAUGUCAACAGUAAAAAUGUUUCUGGAUUCAAAUCAACAGAAAUGAGUGAAAUCUUGCAGAUUGAAUCCAGUGGAGAGGAGGUCACUGAGACGAUCAUACACAUAUAUGAACAGCAGACAUGCCAGGACAAUUUCUUUGCAAAUGUUUGCACACACCCUGCUACAACCGUUGGAAGGCCAGCUACUUCAGAAACAGGACAGCUCUCACAGAAUAAUGAAUUAGAAUGCUAUAGGCCAUCAACUGCCUCUGAGUCCAUUAGUAUCUGGAAGACUGAAAGCAUGUCAAUGAAGUCACAGAAAAAUGGUGCAGUGCAAGGAAAAAACAGACAACAGCAGCUCCAAAAACCCAGAAAAGACCUGCAUCAAAGAGAGACAGGUAUGGAUAAGAGGACAUCCUCAAAACCCAGGGCAGUCAACAAACAUGUUCAGAGGCUUGCAACGCCGCGGAAAAGACAAAAACAGAAUACUGCAGAAGCAACCAGGACCCAUAAGAAAGCAAAAACUUUCUCCAGCGCUGGAUUCAUUAGGAGGAUUUAUGGAAAUAAAAUGAAAUCGUCAAAAAGGGUGAAAAUCCUUAAAAAGAGACCAACACAAAAUGGGGAAAGAAGGGUUGCAACAAAGAAGUCAGAAGUGUCAGACGACACAACAAGAAGUACGGUCAAAGAUUCAAAUGUGCAAUCAGUGUUAAAAAAAUCCACAGAGAGAGUUUCUUUCGAUACAAGCAGGAUGAGUGUCUCUCCCAAUGAGGUACACCAAGCACGGAGAAUACUGACACGGCAGACAUCCAUGCAUGUGGAGAAAAGGAGUGAAAACGAGUCCUAUGAUAUUACUGGAAGCGUGUUGCCUGCUUUUAACUCCUCCAGCACUGUUACAAAUGAAUAUGUAGAAAGUUGGCUCCAGAAAGCCCACCUGAAUCCCCCAUCUCACUCGCAUGAUGAACAUCAAAAACUGGAAGCGAGUACAGUGGCACAGACAGAAAAUGGCAGGUGUGAAGAGCCUGAAAAUAAGCACAGUUUGAUCGCUGUGGAGGAAGACGUAAAAUGUUCAGAAAUAAAAACAUGUCAAACUUCAGAUCCACCGCCACCACCAGAGGGUUUGCUGGCAACAUCUGUCAAGCUGAGAGUCCAGUCUUUUGAAAAUAAAUCAAGUCCAUCACUAGAAAAUACUAGAGCCAGGCACCAAAUUGUUCAUCAUCAUCAUACAACCACAAAAAACACAGAAAACUGGAAGAACGAAUCUCAAAAAGAAGAAAUAAACCCUCCUGUGCCACCGAGUGAUAAGACCUCAACAGAAACGCAACUGGACAGUGAAGCGAAAAAUAAAUCAAGUUCAAUCAGAAUCUCAUUCCAAAAAGCAACGCCACUCAAUACAUUUUCAAUGGAGCUACCACCACCACCUCCUCCUGCUGAAAAUACAGAACUGUCAGACACUGAAUAUUGCAUGAAUGACGCAUCAUCAGCGGUCAGCAGCCCAUUAUACAGACUCUCAUCAGUGAGCAGUGAAGGGACAGAUAAUAAUCCAUUAUCCAUUAGUCCUACAUCUGGCAAGGCUGUAUCAUUUAGAGUCAAUGCAACAGCACCACCAUCAAGAACACCCUCCAUUAAAAGGGCCCCUUUGGUUAGUAAUCGGUCUCUUGAAAGAAAAAUGUCCCUUAGAAAAGCUUGUGUUGAUAAAUAUGCUUUAAGCAGUGAGGCUGCUCCAGAGGAGACCACGCUGUCUACUCACACUGUGGGCAGUGAUGCCGUCUGUUCAACAGAGAGACAGCAAUCAAUCGAAGCCCAAACAGAAGAGGCACACCAGUCAGGUCAGAUGAGCUGCCCGUCUUGUGGUACUUCUGCAUCCCCUACUAGUUUAACAUCCGAGGAGGGACUGUCAUUGCCCAGUAUUUCAUCAAAUGAUGCUUCAGUGCCUAGCAAUAUACCAUUUAAAGAGAGAGGAAUGACUAAAGCAACUCAAAAGGAGGCAUCAACACCUAAAGUCCUGGUGAAAAAAGCAAAAGUGAAAACCAGCCCAUUUCCAGAGAGGAAGCUCCAAAACCAGAAAUCUCAAGAUGGCUCUGUACAGCUAUCAACAGAGCAACGUCGCCCUGAGGAUAAAACUCUGUCUCCAAAAACUGGAAUACAAAAACAUGCAGCUUCAAAUGGUAGCCCCUCUGCUGAGAAAAAGCAGAUUAAUGAACCAAAACAGCAAAAGAGGCACUCUCCAUAUUCUCAGUCUCUGGACAUGGUGUCACCACCUGUCAAACACAAGUCAAGUAGAAAGUUGCUUUCCAGAGACCUCUCCUCAGACAACCCAUCAGAGCCAGCAACUAAGAGACACAAGAAAACAUCGGUCCAAAGAAAAAGUCACCAAACGCCAGAGUCGGUAAAAUCAAAAUCUGAACGGGACAAACCGCUGACCUCUGACACUUUCUUGUCACUGGAAACUGAUCAGAGUAUUGAAAAGAAGAAGGCAGAAGGUGAAGCAGCAGAUCAAGAGACCUCUAUGACAGACAUGCAAAUAAUAAAACCAUCAACCACUGCAAACCAGCCAAGCAUGAAACCAGUCCUUGAAAAGAUUUGCUACUCAAUCAAGUCAAUAAGACAGAUGACUCAAAACAAACGCCCAUCCUGUCUGGAAAAGUCCAACAGCUUGCCUGACUUCUCCUCCCAUGUAGCUUCUACAUUUGGUUCCUCAUCUAGAACUCUUCUCGCUUUCCUGUCUGUCAUGACCCUCAAGGAAGGCAUUACCAACUUAAAUAGGGACGAGCUGAACGCAAACAAUGUCAGCUGUGCGGAGGCCUUAAAGAUGAUCGAUUCACUCAGAGAAAUUGCCAGCAUCGAGGAUUCCCACAGAUUGCAUAGGAGUUUGUCAAAUUUGCAAAAAUCAGCCUCGAAACAGCUCCUGCAGAGCUGGAAGGGCUUUCAGGAACUCAGCGACAGAUGCAAAAGCCGCAGCUCGACGCUGAGUGCUUCAGAGCCAGAACUCAUAACUGAAGUGAAUCCCGAAGAAGAGCACAUCGUUGAAGAAAAUAUUAUUGAUGAGCUCAUGGAUAACCUCGACGUACCAGAGAAGCUCAAGGAGGAACUGGCUUCUCUUUCUGUGACUGCAAAUACUGAGUGUGACAUCAAAGAGCUGUGGCCAAAAGAAAGCAGUGAUGAAAGCACCAGGAAUUUCUCCAAAGAGGAUGCUGCUACUGUUCCAGAUGCUACUCAAGAUGAUAAAGCAGAUGUGGAGGUGAGGUCCAGCAUAAUCAAAGUGACUGAUAUUAGCCAGAUGCAACAAAGUGGAGAAGACAGAUCUUACCUAAUAACAGAGGAAGCAAAGGACAACCCGAUUGUCCAGGCCACUAAAGACAAUGACCCACCAGUUGAUUCCCAUUCUAAACUAGCUACUGAAGAAAGGCAGCUUCAUAGCAAAGCAUCAUUUGCACAAGAGUACAAAGUGGACUUGCAUUCAUGUCAGGGUGCAUCAGCGGAGAACAUCAUCGAGGGAGAAGUCACGAGUGAGAAAAAUCUUGAAAACGAGUCAGGUUCAGAUGAUGAAGGGCAGAAGAUGUCAAGUGCCAGUAAAGAAUUAGCAGAAAAAGAGAGCUGUAAGCAAAGUGUACCCAGUUCAGAAGCAGGUGAGCAGAGGAGCUCAGAGGAGAAUGAGUCAGAAGCUGAAUGUGAGGAGAUGAGACAGGGAAGUAGUGAGACUGAAGACUUGUCCAAUCCUGAAAAUCACUCUGAGGAGGAAGAUGGCAAGCUAGCAAGCCCCAGCUACUAUGUGGAACUAAAUGUAAGAGAAGCAAAAAGUAUAUCCAGCCUGGACAGUGAAAAUCAGACAGAGGUCAAAUGUACAGAGAUGAGCAAAGUUGGCUUGUCUACCCCUGUAUGUCUGUCCAGCUCAGAGAAGGAACAGCAGAGCCAAACAUACAGCAUGGGACUGAAUAUCAGCGCUGAAGAAAGCACUGGAAACUCAGAUAUGGACAAGUCAUCUUCAGAGGAAGAGCAGCCAGAGGCUGAAUGUAAGAAGCUGCAGGUUAUUGCUGAAGAAAGUUUCUCCUGCAUUGAGGAAGAGGAGGAGGACAUGGAGGAGAAACAGCUUCAUGAUCUUCCAGAUGAUCGGAAGCAAAAGAAAACAGCUUCAUCAUUGUUGUCAGCUUUGACAGAAGAGCCAAAUGAAGACAAGGUUAGCUCAGAAGAUGAGGACUCUUACAUUGAGGAAACAUAUAUUUGUGACGGGACAAAAAGUGAGAGCAGGCAAAGCAAUUUGAUAGAAAAUCAGGUUUCAGAAAAAGACAGUUUAAUAGGUGAUAGGUCUAAUACAGACGAUGACAGCGGGAAUGAUCACAACAGCUAUGAAGAACAUGUAGAGGAAGAGCAGACGAAGGCUGAAGAUGAACAAAUCAGCAGCUCAACUGAAGAAUUAAGCUACUAUGAAAAACAGCCCAGUUCAGAGGAGGAGCAAGCUCAUGUGGACAGAUACAAAGGAGAAAGUCGUAUAGCACAUCAAGAAGCUCCUGCAGUAGCAACACAGUCUCGAGCUACUAACUCUGAAACGUCUGCAGCGAUGCUCCAGCAUCAGUCUGAAGAAAUAAUGCCCCAAUCAGUUGCAGAGAGGGUAAUUCUUCUAGAAAAGCGAGUUGCUGAUGCCGAGAAAAGAAAAAGUACAACAAAAAGUUCUGCAGUCAGAUGUUACCCGCAAAGAAAGGCCCAUCUUGAUUCAGAUGACGAGGAUUCACCCUGUGAAUCGCUGGCUCUCUGCACCCGAUCGGCUCCCCAGUCAUCGUUGUCGUUCAGCUACGACUCCAGUGGUGUUGUAACCACUGAGCCUGAAGGCAGCAGAGUCAGAUCCAUCAGGGAGAUGUUCUUAGCAAAGAGUGCCACAGACAUCCAGCAAACACGUUUCCCAAGUCCACGUACGUCAGAGCUGGAGUUGCGAGCCGAGACCUCGGUCAGUGGUGGAUAUCAGUCUCAGACUUCAAGUGAAAUGUCCAGUGGUGAAGAUGAUUUGUCAAAGAAAUCCAUCACUAAAGGUUUUGUGAGGAGAACAAUCGAAAGGCUUUAUGGUAAAAAGGAUUCAAAUCCCGAUGAGGAAGCAGGUGAAAGACCCCCAUUUGAGCCAAAACAAGAAAAAAAUGGGCAGUCAAGUAUCUUUGCUCCCUUCCACACAGCCCGAUCCAAAGCAAUGUCUGAACUAUCUUACUUCUAUUCUGCUAACGCCCUGGACACCUUAAGUGAAGCGACAAGAUGCAUUGCUUUUAAUGCACAGGUUGGGCCUGGAGACAGCAUACCCAUUGAUGACGGACGAUGGCUCCUUAGAGACAACACCUUCAUCAGAAAGUCUGUUUCAGAUCCAAUUGGAAUCAACAAAACAUUUACAAAUACUCCUGAAGGCAAAGGAGUGUGCGAGGACACAGAGGACAAGACUCCCUAUUCUCUCUUCGCUACAAAGCCGGAACCGGAAGAAGACAAGACCAAAUUGUUUUCCAGAAAGUGCACCUACUUUUCUUUGCCCCACGCCAGCGAGUCAGACACGUGUCAGGAUGAGCUGAGCACGGCGAGCAGGAACAGCGCGAAUGGCGACAGCAUCGUAGAGGCAAAGGACAACUCAGAGGACACCAAGACGUGGGCAGAAAGGAACGGCAUGCUGCCCACCAUGACUGACUUUAAGAUGAUGGACAACAAAGUGCACCCAGUCAUAGAGCCUCCACCUGAGGAUGAGGUUGUAGUGGUGCAGCCUGGGAAAGGUCAGGGUGUUGUUAAUAGAAGGCUUCCAGAGCAGGACAUAUUGGAUGUACUGUACAAUUUUUGUGGGCAGCAUUGUCCUUUACUGUAAAGGGGCAGCUUCUUUUUUUUUUUUUUCCACAUAAUCACAGAUGAUAAGUGUACAUUAUCAGGCCACAUUGAGAAAUAUUUUUUUGGUGCCUACUUUUUGUUGUUGCCAUAGCCUUGGCAUAAUACACUAUCAUAUCUCAAUUCAUCUGAGUGAACGCCAAGUGUGUAACAAUGCGUCACAGAUGCACGAGCCAGUGGAUUAACCCUAUUCAACCCUCACAUUUGUCCAUGUAUAGUAAGACUUUGUGAUACAACUUGUCAUUUUAUACUGCUUGUUCAACACAAGAAACAGUCGAACACCUCAAGUGUAUAUUUGCCAUUUUUACACUCCAGAGCAGCUCUUUUUGUCCUAUAGGUUGCCUGUCAAAACAAGCACACGGAGCAUUACUGUAAUCUUGUUUUCAAACUCUAAAUAGUUUAAGUCCCGGCAGAUGUCAGGCAACCCAGCCGAUCCCAACUGAGUGAGCAGGUCAGUUAGUGGCCUGGAACAGUACUAUAUUUGUUGUACUAGUUGUCUACAGUGUAAAUAAGACUUUUUCUGGUUUUCACUAAGUAUUCAUAGCUUAACACAUAUUUACAAUAGCCUGAUUUUUACCAAUUAGGACAAACUGUCUUAUGGUUUACAAUGUGGCAGCUGUGACGUCUUUGUCUUUUUAAAUUGAUGUUAAGAAUUAAAGUGUGUUUGCAAGUGUUGGUCUUCUGUUUUUCACUUCUAAAUCAGCCCGAGUAAUUUUUUGUAGAUCCUGGAAACAGAUGAUUAAACAGAUGCCAUGUACUUAACAAAUCAUUUAUUAAGAUGAGCCUUUUUGCGAGUAAAAGUCCAAAGGCCAAGGUAGACGUCGUGUUAAAGACACCUCAAGAAGCUCAGCUCACUUGUUUUCUCUUGCUGAUUAGCAUCAGCAGAUCUCUGAAGAGGAGCGGAGACCUCUGUUUUCUCACUCUCUGUUUGAGGAAGUACUCUUGUUGUUCUAAGGCUGUUUUGUUUCUCAGAAGUUGCCAUGAAGCUGGCCCGUGUUGUGACAGGAGCGUCUAGGAAUGCACUAAGAGGGGAGUGUUUACAUCUGCAGCUACAAAGAGAAAACACAGCA